CUUGUUGGGCACAGUCGUGUUGCUUAGCUGUUUCGAUUAGGACGUGUUGUUCGCUUGAGCUCACGUUACAGUUACAGUGACGCGCAAUAACAAGAGCAACAUGGAGUUUUCAACACAGCGUCAAAGCUUAUACUGGCUUCUGGGAUUAUGUCUUUUCUUAUUCAAAACAGAAUGUAUUGAUGCUCAAAGCAAACGCGCUUCACGCCUAACCAAUUCACGCAGCUUUGGAACCAAUGUUAAGCCAACCAGCACAAAUGGUAUUAACUUUGAUUGUCCCGAAGAAUUCGGAUACUACCCGCACCCAACUGACUGCACACAAUAUUAUGUCUGUGUAUUCGGUGGCGCACUCCUGGAAAGCUGCACUGGGGGUCUUAUGUAUUCACAUGAGCUGCAGACCUGCGACUGGCCCCGAAACGUGGGUUGUGAAUUAGUGGAUAGUGGGACGUCAGCGAGCUCGACAGAUGUUGGUAGCGCCCCACGUAACAAAGUACAGCAGCAGCAACAUCAACAACACGUUCCUAGCCGCAUUCGUUUUGGAGCCGCAUUUACUAGCCCAGGCUCGACCCAAAAGGCAGCCACAGUGCCACCACAAUAUCAUCGCUCGCCGCCACAGAUAAUUCAGGCCCAAGUUCAGCAUAUACCACCGCCACCAGAAUUGCGUGUGCCGCCAAAUCCUAUAGUCACGUCUCGUGGGCAACCGAAGACGCUUUUGGAGUCUCAAGAAGAAAUAGCCAAGCUCUACACCGAGGCAGAGGAAUCACUACCACCCGUUGAGGAGGAGGAAAGCGAUCGACAACAGCGUGUUUAUCGUGGCCAACCGAGUACUGUUAGCCAAGUUCAACGGGAUCGCGACGGAAUAAUACACCAGGCCAGCAUAAAUGCCAUACCAAAUCAUGGGAAAAUUGGGUCAUAUACUUUUGGCUCUGCUUACAGCGAAAGCUUGAACAACGACAUAACAAUUGAACCUGAACUGCCACAUAAUCGACUUGAUCUAGACAGGAGACGCAAACGACGCAGUGUUAUUGGACUAGCGAUAACUACGCCAGCGGAAAUCCAAAACGAUUCAAAUAUUUCUAGUGAGGUUAUGGAGUCAGACAGCAGCACUAACACUAAUUUGGGCAGUGACUCAAAUAACUCUCAAGAACAUUUCGAUGAGGCUGCCCCAACUAUAAAUCACGUACAAAAAUUUUCAUCGAAAUAUAGUAUAAAAAAAUAUGAUUACAACCAAAAAGAAAUUGAGUUCGGUGACGAAGACGAAGACGCAGACUCUGAUUAUGAACAAUUAAAUGAUGAUAGGAAUGAUACUGACAUUGCAGAAUCAAAGCGACGACCUCGUCAGUUAAGACCUUUUUCGCAUGCUUCUCUAAAAUGGCCAACGAAUAACUAUCGAUCCAUUGACUCCCCAUCUGCGCAUCAAUUGAAUACACAGAAAAAUGGUUAUACAUUUGGUCACUACAAUCCGUACCUUACUCCGCCCAAUCAACAAACGUCUCCCAACCACAAUUAUAACGAAUUAAGCCAGAACCUUGGCUAUAAGGCUUACCCACAGCAGCAGCAUCAGCAUCAGCAACAACAACAACAACAUCAGCAGCAAGCCCCGAACUACCCAUACGCUCAAAAGCCAACAUUAGUGUAUACAGGCUAUAACUUGUCAUUGCCACCGCCUCCGAUAGAAGAUGACUUUCGACCCAUUCCUGGCAACUACUAUGGUGCAGCUAGCUCAACUAGUUCGAGACCAUCAGUAGGUUAUCAGGAGCAAUCGCAAAAUAGCGAUUUGCUGCCCUACCUAAUACAACAGCUGAAAGAACUAAAAGAACGUCGUAAGCAAAUUCAAACUGAAAAUUUUGCCUACUUUCACUUGGACAACCAACCUAUAGCCCCUACUCAGUUAGCAGUGCACACAACGACUCCACGAACAUCUAUAGAGUAUUAUUCCACAUCUAAACCACCGCAACAAGUAACUCCGAUAGGUCACUAUGCCCAGUACAGUACAAUGGGUGGAUUUUAUAACAACAACAACAACAAUAAUAAAGCAGAGCAGGCACCAAACCAUUCAAGCUAUCCGGUCAAACUUAUAUCUCAGUAUAGCAUUGGCCAAGGCCAAGAGCUGCAAAGUACUACAGAAAGCAAUUAUUUUCAGUAUAAUAUAAUUGCAAAUCAAAAGAUGAAAGGUGUUUACAAUACGGCCAAGCUGAAUCAAAUAGAGCAUGCUGCGGUCAAGGUGCGACCACCAGUCACCCCACUGCAAGUCACUCCAAACUUUAACAUUGUUUCAGCGCCCGAUUUGUCUAACAACAAGCAGGUUAAUCUCCAUCCAAUACCGUUUCGGAACAUCUCAAAUCUUCCAGUGGGUAUCACUUAUGCGUCCAAUACAACUUUACCUGAGUCAUAUCAGACGUUUACGAAAUCAAUGAGUUCUACUGCGCUUCCGAAACUAGAGUCACCAAUAUCGUUGGCAACACCGAAGCCACACUUGACAAAUUUUCAAUUUAACAUUAAUGAAUUUAUGGCAAACCUAAAAGCAAGUGAUCUAGCCAGUUUAAGUCCGGCAGUAAAUCCAUUAAUCAAAUACUUUAAACAGGUAAGCAAUGAUGGAAGUGGCAAUGUGCGUAAUGCUUUGAUUCUUCGUCGGCCCGUAACCAGUACGGCAUCAGUCACAACUACCCGAUCCCCUCAGAAAACCAGACCAAUCGUGGCCAGUGAGCCAGUACUCGCAACCACUUUAGCAACGACCCGCAUUGUUAAAGGAUAUGAAAGCUUCGACAACAGCAUAAGAAUGCAUAAAUCAAAGGAAAAUGUAACAUCAACUACUCCCUUGCCCCGACUCAAAAAUAGUGGCUCUAGAACAACUACUACGGACACACCUGUUGAGUUUUAUGACGAGGACUAUGAUGAUGGAGUUGAUGAGGACAUACUGCCACCAUCACAAAUGCCUCCUUAUAUGCCCAUGUCCGAGACGAUGGCUCCACCCCGCCCGCAAGUGACUACUGAUAGAACGACUACUUCCAUGCCAGAAAAACAACAGCUUCAGACAGGAUUCAUGCAAGCAACAACAACUCGUCGACCUUUUCCUCAUUUUGCACAACACAACCAGCCUAUUCCAGGUGCUGGAGUUCCAGCUUUCAUCAGUUUUCCAAGCGACAUAUUCCAAGAACUGAAGCAACGACUACCCCAAUUGCAAGGGAAACCCUCAUCUGCCAACCAAAAUAUCCGUGUCCAUUUGACUAGCACUACCACAACAACAACGACAACAACACCUGCUCCAGCUAAAAUACGUCACACUGUGCGGCCGCAACGCACCCGCGGACAACAAAAGUGGCAAGCACACAUUGUGGAUACUUCAGUUGUAACAGAGCGCUCUCAAAAUCAAACCAACCAAGGGGCUGCUAAUGGCAAAGCUAGCAUAAGCUCUGGUAGCUUGGGCGGUCAGCACUUAAACUCGAUACACAGCUCCUCAAAUGUGGAUAGACAAAGGGAUAUUGAGUAUCAGCAACAGCAACAACCACAGCAACAACCACAGCAGGAACAACCUCAGCAAUACCAGCCUACUGUUCGCCAGCAACAACAACAACAACAACAAUCGACCUAUCGGCCCUUGGAGAUACUAACAACUUCAACGCCAACACAAAGGCCACAUUACAGUAAUCAGCCUGCAUUGAGCUACAACACGGACUACGAUGAUACCGAUGUCAAUGCGCAGAUUGAACAGGACAGUGUAUAUGAUCAUCCCACACGCACCCCGCAAAGGGCAGAGGAAGUGACCAUUCAGACUCUAGAUGGCCGGGCCAUUGCAUCGACAACUUCGAGUCCUGCAGUUACACAUGAUGCACGCAACUACUACGACGCAUUUACCACGGAAAAUAUGAGCUAUGAGGAGCCUGAUUUUAGCUAUUCCAGCUCAGCUGAGUAUGCCCAUAAUUCGCAAGAAGACUACUAUCAUAGUGAGCACGACUCAGAAGCGACUGUGCGUCAAAACAAACCAUCUAAAUCAGUGAACACAGGCGACUAUUAUUUGAUCGCCAAUGAUGUCGCAGAGUCGACAACACAAUUUAAAGUUGGACCAACUAAAAAAUAUACAACGACGCCACCAACGCCAGCCUUAAAGUCGACCUUAAAGUCAUUUCCGGUGACAAGCAGAAGUACAAGCAAAACUACCACAAUAACCACACAAACCACUACAAAGCCCCCCGUGAAAACAACAACACUGCAACCUUCAAGCUACAAAACGCAUGCAAAUAAAAGCAUUAAGCAAAAUGUCAUAAUCAAAUUAAAGACAACCACACCACCACCACCACGUUCCACACAUACACCCAGUUCAACAACCACUACGACCUCGACCACUACAAGUACAACGAUGCCAUCCCCUACCUAUAGUUCCAAUCCCUUUCUCAAAUCCCAGCUUCAAGUACUGGCUAAGUCUCUAGUUAGUGCUGUAAGUGAAAACAUCGAAAACCAAAAAAGCAAUAAUACACAGAAUACCUUGACACAAAACCGACCUACAGUUCCAUUCUAUCAAAUUAGCGAGAAGUGGUUGUUGGUAGGUGACAGUGCAAAUAGUAGUACUCGUGAGCUUCCAGAGACCAUUUAUGACGAAAGCCAGAAUGUGCAAGUGCAAACUGCAGAGAUUCCAACCAGUCGUGCGGUUGAAACAAGCACUUCUCCCAAGUUCCUAGAUUUCAUCAAUGCUGCGGCGUACGGAUCCAGUAACUCAGUCCGGCCUCCAACAGCGAAGCCUAUUAAACCAAUAUACUCUAAAGAGGCCACAUAUUCAAGCAAUAAUUUUGAAACAGACGAACCAAUUUCCGUAGAGCAAAAUCAAAACAAACGUAUACAAAACUUUGUACUCUCCGACAUAAAGCCCCAGAGUUUUAGGGCAAUAGCAAAAAGCAGAGCAGAAUCAUAUCCAGGCGAAUUAUUGGAUAGCUCAAGUACUAGAAGGCCUAACAAUGUUUAUCAAUAUAGCCUACAGAGCGGAUCGCACGGAUUUAGCUUGAAAGCGGAGCAAUCAUUGAAUAAAGAAAAUGAAUCCAUAUAUCAAGUUGACAAUAAUGAACGACUACAAAAGACAGACACAACAACAACUACCACUCCUAAGACAACAACAACUACGACUAUACCAACUCCAACAACCAAACAUUUACCCCCUACACUAGCAUAUACAAAUACCGAGAGCUAUGAGGACAUAGUACCCACAACAUAUGCUCCGUUGCGAGUCUGGCGUAAUGGUCGUCCAACUAUUAAACAGGCCCUGAGUACCAAACAAGCAAUAAUGACCACAGCAAGCGAAAGAGAACUUGCUAGUAUAAUAACCACAAGUAUCCCAACAAAAGCUGCGAUUAUCUCAACGUCAAGCACAGAGCGAGUCACUUCUGGACAAAGUUUUACGGCUCGUGCAAAUCUUUUUAAGGACAACCUUAGUCGUGUAACCAGCAACCCUUCAAUGCGAUUUGUGUCACCUUACAAAAGUCUUGAGAGCCUACUCCAUGAUGAACGAUUACCACAGAACAGUCUCAGAGCGACGACGAGAUCACGUAGUGGAAAUGGAUCGCCACCGUUUCUCCAAACCACGCCGAAGUCAAAUAAAAAUCCACUUUUUAUGAGCUUGCCUCAAAAGAACUCAAGCCAGACAAUUAUUGCUACCUUGACAACCGGAAAUGCACGUAAUUUUAGUAUUAGUGAUGCAAUUCUCAGCACUUUUAGUCCCCAAAAUCCUGUUCCAACAGUCAGUACUGUGGGCCGCGAAGCACCAAUAGCCAGGAGUACUACUCCUACUUCAUCAAUUAAUAUUUCUACUAUAACGGAUACUGUAUUAAAAUCAACAAUUUCCACGUUAGUGACAUCAUCUCCUAUUCAAGUAACUGAAACUCCUGUGCGUCCCCGAGGACGGUCUCGAUACACAGCAGCUACCGUAAACUAUAAUUUAGAUAGCGUUGAUGAGCCAACAACGUAUGCUCCAAAAUUCAAAAUACCCAAAAAUUCGGAUCUAAGAAGCUCAGCACCUAACCCAUAUCCUAGAAGAAAAGUUCAGAGGUCUCGAGUUGCAAACAGCCUGCGACAAACGCAGGGUGGCCCCACAGCGAAGUCUCAAGAGAAGUAUGAAAGCUUCAAAGCGACUCAGCAGGCUAAAGAGGUAGUCAAAAACUAUCAAGCCAUACUAAUUACUUCAGAACCAACGAAUAAACCUAAAAGUAAUCCUAUUGAAAAUGAGACCCAUUAUCAGAACUCACCUCGUGCUGAAGCAUUAAUUGCACAGCGCCCAUUUGAAGCUAAGCAUGGCAAUGAUAUAGAACUAAGCGUCAACACAGAACCAUCGCCUCUUAACAACGAUAUUUCUAGCUCGACGGAAAUUGUGAUUAUUACCGAUCGUCCUCCUGUCAAGUUUCUAUACUCGAAUAAGUAUCGACAGCAAACGGCGGAACGUACACUGGCUGAAAGUCUGCAGAACGCUGGCUAUAUAAAAACAGCAAAUGGUCGCACAAAGUUUCGUACUACUAAUGUAUUGGAACAAUUGCAACAAUUUCUUGCUGCUAGUGACAGUGAUGAAAGUGGAUCACCGCAGUUUGUCGAUGAAAAUGCUGCACCUGAGGUAACUGCUACCAUUGAUGAAAUUAAACAAAUCAACAGCUCAGAGAAAACUUCAGUGCCUAUGAGAUCGACUACGGCAUUGCCUGCACUGCUCCACUCCACUACUCGUGCUCCACAUUUGACAUCAAAACCAUAUCCCUCCAAAUUAUUCUCCCCCUCUUCCACGAUGAUCAUAUUAAGCACAGAACCGACCAUAAGACAACAAUCAAAUAUUAGCACCCCCGAAGUUAGUAGCGCACCUUCUACUCCAACUACAACAACAACCACAACCACAAUUGCCACUUCCUCUGAACCUAUAUUUGCUCCACCUACUCCUACUACACGAGUUUCGAGGGUUAACAAUGCCAUAAAAUCGUCGAUUGCCGCUGCUGCCGCUCAAUCAUCUAGCCCAGGCUCUACCUCCACAGCCUAUCAAAUGCCAGGGGGUAGAGUUAGCAAAUUCCAAUAUGCCAUCGCCCCCAACAAUAACAACAACCAACAUCAAUACAACAACAAUGGCGCUGUCGCUACCGCUGCCGUCUCGGUGAAGUGCUCCGACAGCACACUGAGCGCCAAGUGCAACGAAAUUCCCUCAAGAACCAAUAAUAGAAACCGCGGCAGUACUAUAUACACAAAUCAGGAUCGUGAUGCCGCCGCACCGCCCAACAGAGGAACUCAUCCACCGCGAACGCGUCCGACGCUUAAGCCCUCUGGCACAAUAGUCUCAAAGGCUCAAGAGUUUGUAGACAUUUAUAGAUAUCCAGCAUCAAGACCGGAUCCUAUUUAUCCACAGCCUACGCCAGAUAAAACUGCAGCGAAAUGCCGCAAAGAUGUAUGUCUUUUGCCUGAUUGCUAUUGCGGUGGAAAGGAUAUACCUGGCGGUUUGAAUGUAUCAGUUACACCACAAAUUGUUUUGAUAACGUUUGAUGAUGCCAUCAACACAAUUAACAUUGAGCUAUAUCAAGAGAUAUUCAAUAACAAGUCACGAAAGAAUCCUAAUGGUUGUCCUUGGCGUGGUACUUUCUAUCUAUCACACGAAUGGACCGAUUAUGGCAUGGUACAGGAUAUGUAUUCUGAUGGACAUGAAAUGGCCUCGCACACGGUUUCCCACAGCUUUGGCGAGCAAUUCUCACAAAAGAAAUGGACUCGGGAAAUUGCUGGUCAGCGGGAAAUCUUAGCGGCUUAUGGUGGUGUAAAGCUUUCUGAUGUACGUGGAAUGCGUGCUCCUUUUCUUUCUGUCGGUGGUAACAAAAUGUACAAGAUGUUAUACGAUUCAAACUUUACAUACGACUCAUCAAUGCCGGUAUAUGAGAAUCGACCACCUUCCUGGCCAUAUACUUUGGACUACAAAAUCUUUCAUGAUUGUAUGAUACCACCAUGCCCAACUCGAAGCUAUCCAGGUGUUUGGCAGGUACCCAUGGUUAUGUGGCAAGAUUUGAAUGGUGGACGCUGCUCUAUGGGUGACGCCUGUUCGAAUCCCAGUGAUGCAGAGGGUGUAACAAAAAUGAUCAUGAAGAAUUUUGAACGACAUUAUACCACAAACAGGGCUCCCUUUGGAUUGUUUUACCAUGCCGCUUGGUUUACACAGCCGCAUCACAAAGAAGGUUUCAUUAAAUUUCUCGACAACAUUAAUGCCAUGCAAGACGUUUGGAUCAUAACUAAUUGGCAAGCUCUACAAUGGGUCCGAGACCCAACACCUACAUCACGUAUCAAUUCGUUCCAGCCAUUUCAAUGCGACUACUCGGACCGGCCGAAGCGUUGCAACAAUCCAAAAGUGUGCAACCUCUGGCAUAAAUCAGGCGUACGUUAUAUGAAAACAUGUCAACCCUGUCCCGAUAUCUACCCGUGGACUGGCAAAUCUGGUAUCCGUUCAUCACGCAUUGACAACGAGGUUGAGGAGCCACAACCGUAAAGUCUUAAAUUUUCAGUCUAAUCUGCCCGAUAGCAAAUUCCACGCGUAUAUGAGCAAUUCAUCUAUGCUGACAAAAUUGAAUUGGUACUCAGCACCAUUUUGUUAUUGACAGUAUGCCAAAAUACGGAUUCACUCGUUCUUCAUCUUUAAUACUCGUACACAAUAGCUAAUUAGUUGAAACGCAGCAAUAAAUUGAAUUCGUUUUUUGGAGCAUGUUAUUUAAAAUUAUUUAUUCCCUUAUAUUAUGUGUACAUAUGUGUACUGUAUAUUCCUAUGGUGUAGCUACUUAAAUGGAAUUUCUCUUAAGUAGUUUCAAAACGCAAUAUUAGCUUAAGUUACCUAUGUAAUGUUAGAUGCUAGAUCUAAGAACUAUUGAGAAGUAAAUUAUAUGUUAUGAUAUACAGUUGUAAAAUGUACACACAACAUUAAACCAUUGCCUUUUAGAAUAUUAUAAAUAGUUUGAUAACUUCAUUUGUCAGAAACUCUUAUAAAUUAAUUUUUUGUCAACUUUGGCAGUCACAUUUAUACUAUUUAAAUUUAAGUCCAAUUCACUUCUGAAUUGUGGUGAAGGUAUUAUAAACCAUUAAUUUAUGGGUAUUUAUAUCAACUUUUGAUUUUAUACUUUGCAUACCCACAAAAUAAUAAAUCAACCUUUUCAAAAUUGACCUCUGUACACUCAUCAACUUAGACAUACAUAUGUAUACACACAUAAAUGCAUAUACAUAGCUAAUAUCACAUUCACUACAUUAAUUAAAAUCGCAUAGUAUAACUAUUUGCAUUUUAGCCGAAAACUAGAAAAAUGUAUGAAAGAAAUGUCAACUUAUUUUAUGAACAUAUAUGCAUAUGUACAUACUUAUCAUCAAAUAAUAUUAUUUUUGGCAAUAACUGAAAUCUAUAAAAAACACAAACAUAUUAAAAAAGCAAGCACAUCAACCAAGUCCUCAUAUACCCAGUCUAGCAAUUAGAUUAACAAGUAAGCUAUAUGUGAAUACUGUUACGAAAGUAUUAAGUGGAUUUGUAAUGCUGCAAACUUGAAAAGAGAUAUAAUUAGGUUAAAUGACUUCAUAAUUUAAGAACCUUCAUAUACAAUUUUUGUUUAGCCUAACACAGCGCUAAAAAAUCUAUUUAGCAACGAGUGAAUUGUGUAUUUUGUGCUACCAAUUAUAAAAUAAACGAGUACCAUUAAAUAUGUGUAAUAAAAUAAAA